AUGGUUGUGCUAAGUGCCGCCCUGUGUUUCACUCUCACGUACCUCGUCCAGGGAUUACCCUCUUUUCUAGAGAGAGGGGAGAACAUGGUCAAUUUUCCCGAUCUUGGUCUGGGAUCAAAGUUAUUUUCCACCUUUCCUGGAAAAAGGAAUCCCCAGGAUAUAAAGUUCCCGUUCUACAUGAUGCAACUCUACCAAACUCUUAGCAAUGGCGGCCAUCCAGACUUCUCCACACAUGAACCGCCUGCCCUUCCAGACUACGAUACUGUUCUCAACCUGUUUGCAAAAGAUUGCUCCGUAAAGGAUAAUCAUUGGGUUUUGUCCUUUGACAUGUCCUCCAUAUCCAACACCAAUGACUUGAAGUUGGCCCAGUUAAGAAUUCAACUUCCAUCUGGUCAUACAUCCCACAAUGUGACGGUGAAAAUCUACCACAGCAAGGAAGGUCAGGAGAAGAUGUAUUUAGGGACUUUUACCACCGAUCUUUCUGCUUCCCAAAGCUCUUCCUGGAAAAUUGUUAAUCUUACCGAUAUAAUUCAGCGCUACCUCAACCAACUAGACAGGCAGUUUUACAGAGACUAUGCUGAGGCUAAAAUGAAAGAUGGAAGGGCUAUGGACACCAGCAGUAGAGAAAACGUAGACAAUGCACACCUGCCCUACAUCUCGACAGAGAGAGUUAUGUUGGUGGUGUUUGCCAAGGAAAAGCCUACAAAUAACCGUUCUGGGUUUUCCAGCCUCAUCAAAACAGUCGAGUCAUCUAAGUAUGUUGCUCUUGAGAAACUCACUAAAUUACCUGGUAUAAAGAGACACAGGAGAAACAGAAUUGAGAAUCAUCCCCUUUUCGCAAACAACGUGCCUCCUAAACCGAUGGAGGUCGGGAAACCUCUGUGUCGGAGGGUGGACAUGAUGGUAGACUUUAAGAGUAUCGGAUGGGACAGCUGGAUCGUCCAUCCCCGGAAAUAUAAUGCAUACAGGUGUGAAGGUGCCUGCCCUAUCCCACUGAACGAAACCUUCAAGCCAACGAAUCACGCCUAUAUGAAGAGCGUGGUUAAGCUGCAUCACCCUGAACGAGUGGAAUGUCCAGCCUGCAUCCCAGUCAAGAUGAGUCCAUUGUCCAUGCUGUAUUAUGAAGGCAGUGACGUCGUUCUGAGGCAUCAUGAAGACAUGGUUGUUGAGGAAUGUGGAUGCAGCUGA